CGCGCGCUCACCUGCCAUUGGGCAGGUGGGGCGGCCGGCGCUCUGGCAGGGGCCGCAUUAUAAAUGCGGAGCCGGAGCCGGGGGCCGCGGCGGCGGGGCCAGGCGCGUCGCAGGAUGGUGGACAGCGUGUACCGGACCCGCUCCCUGGGGGUGGCGGCUGAAGGGCUCCCGGACCAGUACGCGGACGGAGAGGCGGCGCGCGUGUGGCAGCUCUACAUCGGGGACACCAGCAGCCGCACCGCGGAGUACAAGGCCUGGCUGCUCGGGCUGCUGCGCCAGCACGGCUGCCAGCGGGUGCUCGACGUGGCCUGCGGCACCGGGGUGGACUCCAUCAUGCUGGUGGAAGAGGGCUUCAACGUGACAAGCGUGGAUGCCAGUGACAAGAUGCUAAAGUAUGCUCUCAAGGAGCGCUGGAACCGGAGGCACGACCCUGCCUUUGACAAGUGGGUCAUUGAAGAAGCUAACUGGAUGACUCUGGACAAAGACGUGCCCCAACCACCAGGGGGUGGCUUUGAUGCUGUCAUCUGCCUUGGAAACAGUUUUGCCCACUUGCCAGACUGCAAAGGAGACCAGAGCGAGCACCGGCUGGCCCUGAGGAACAUCGCAAGCAUGGUGCGGUCGGGGGGCGUGCUGGUCAUUGAUCAUCGCAACUACGACCACAUCCUCCGCACGGGGUGCGCACCCCCAGGAAAAAACAUCUACUAUAAGAGUGACCUGACCAAGGACAUCACGACGUCAGUGCUGACCGUGAACAACAAGGCCCACAUGGUGACUCUGGAUUACACGGUGCAGGUGCCUGGGGCUGGCCAGAGCGGGUCUCCUGGCUUGAGUAAGUUCCGGCUCUCCUACUACCCUCACUGCCUGGCAUCCUUUACGGAGUUGCUUCGAACAGCCUUCGGGGGCAAGUGCCAGCACAGCGUCCUGGGCGACUUCAAACCUUACAAGCCGGUCCAGGCCUACAUUCCUUGCUAUUUCAUCCACGUGCUGAAGAAGAUGGCCUGAGCGAGGCCUUGGCUCCCACCCUCUGCCCUGGGGCUGCCAGGCUCCGUCUGGGGAGGAGGGGACCAGUGGCUCCACAGUGUGGCUCCUCAGGGCGGAUCCUGGGGGUGUGGGGAGGGGCAGACUUCCGCUGCGCUCGGGAGGACAGAAGGCUGAACAAUACAGUCUGUGCCUUUUCAGGUCCUG